CUCCAAAAACUUCACCAACCUCUGCUCUUCCUCUUCACAUUCAUCCAACAAAUUUCAAAGCCAAAGAAUCUCUCUUUCAGCCCCAAGAAGUGUGUUCUUGAUGUGGGCAUUGGCCUUUUGGCCUCCUCCUUCAUGGCCUUGACGCCUCUGAUGCUGAUGCCACAAGGAUUGAGUACUACGCCACUGUGGCUGACCCUCCUUGUGAAUUCAACUUGUGUCGCUCUGGCCUUGGUUACUGUGACAUCUCUGUUGGCUCUGGCCAGGAGGCUCCAUAUUCUGACUCAUUAAUGUUCACUACACGGCAAGGUUUGCUGAUGGAAUAGUCUUCGACAGCAGCUACAAAAGAUCUAGACCUCUUACUAUGCGCAUUGGAGUUGGCAAGGUCAUUAAGGGCUUGGAUCAGGGAAUUUUCGGUGGGGAAGGAGUACCUCCAAUGCUUGUGGGUGGAAAACGUAAGCUUCAAAUUCCGCCAGAGUUAGCAUAUGGGCCAGAACCUGCAGGAUGCUUUUCAGGUGACUGCAAUAUACCGGCCAAUGCAACUCUCAUUUAUGACAUUAAUUUUGUCGGCAUCUACUCAGGGAAUCGAAAGUGAAGACAGUAAAUACUGGUUUUUAAAAUAUAUUGGAAGCUCACUGAGGAAUUUUUUCUUAAGAGCAAGGAAAUGCAACUCUAUCUGAGCAUGGAUCAAAUCAUGAGGCAGAGGCUUGUGGACAACAAUGACCAUCUCUACCGUUAGAAUGAGAAGUACCGGUAGCUGCUUAACUCUCAUGGGCUCGUUUGGAGCAGCAACUCAUUUACAGAAGAAUAUUAAUUUUGUACCUAUGUAGUAUAUAUAUAUAUAUAUAUAUAGCCAUUUUGGAUGUUAAUAAGUUUAAUUGUAUGGCAAGUUUGCAAGUGUUUCAUUCAGAACCCUUUGGAAAUUGUUUAGUGGAAAUAUACAUAAUGCAAACUUAACCUGUGUU